GACCAUCCCUGUACCAAAACACGUAAGUGACAAAGCUUGGUAUUCCAUCAUUGUAAGCAAAUACUUGGUUGGUUGACACGAUGGACGCAAUACCUUGUAGGCCCCAUUGUCUCUGGCCACCGCUCUUGAAGAAUAUCUACUUGAACUGGGUGACAAGAAACCAGUAGUUUCUUCCGCUGCCCCACCGACUCCCGAACCUCAAAAAAACACAGUGAUGCCGGCAUCAUCGGCCGCCCCUUCACAGCAGCAGCAGCAACAGCAACAGCAGCAGCAGCCAAAAGAGUUGAUUGACUUUUUCUCAAGCCUGGAAAACGAAAAGGCCACGGUUUCCUUCCAACCGGAUCCCCAACCUACAGGCAGCAUGCACAACCCGUUCCGAAUGACCAUGGUCCCCACCGUGUCCACCAACACAUUGCAAUCACCUAUGCAUCCCGGUGCCAUGUUCUCCACGCCAACCACAGCACCGUCGUUAUCGGCGUCCACCAGUUUCGGAUCCCUGCCAGUGCCGACCGCUGUCACCCCGCAACAGAGUCUUUCAACCCCUCUUGCGGGAAACACCAUGUAUGCUUCCGUUGCAUCGCCCUCGUCCUCCACUGCUCCGCCACCUAGUCAUCAUUACUCUACUACCAAUAAUUCAUUUAAUCCUUUUGUGACGCAGCCUGCCGCCACUAAUACGUACAAUCCAUUCACACAGCCAGCCAAUAUGAACGCUGUUCAGGUACCGUUCGUGCAACCACAGCAACCACAGUUACUCAUGACCCCCGCCACCGGAUGGACACCCUCCUCCUCCAUCUUUUGAAAUGUUCGCUGACCACAUUUCUUUGAAUAUACUGUCCCAAAACAAAAGGAAUACAUAAAAAGUAACAUGUUUUAAUAUAUGAAAGG